CGAGAUAAUUAGCCACCACCGUAUCCGAUAUAAUGAACUAAUAAGAGAGAAAAAAAUAGUUAACGGCACGGCUCACACACAGCUAGCUUGGAGGCAGGGAGUAGUCUCCACUCUCCAGGUGUCCCUCGCCUCUAGUUGUAUUUCCCUCAGCUGGUCGGUCGGCAGGCGUCCCUGUCGCACGGUCUUCUCCCUCCUUGUACCGAGAAGCAGCAGCAGGGGAAAAAAAGCCACGGCAAUGGCCGAUCGCCGUGGCGACGCCAUGCGCCAGCAGCCGCCUUACUCGUCGGGCCAUCAGGAGCGGGUCUUCGACGGCGGUGGCGGCCCGGCGUUCGGGAACGACUACGAUACUGCUGGAUCAUCCUACAUGGCGCUUCUUGGCUCCGGCGUCAACCCCCAGCAGUCGCUGCCGCCGCAGCAGGCGUGGGGGGUCGACGAGGUGACCCCACCGACGAUCAAUCUCACUCCUCAGUUCUCCAUGGCAAACUAUGCGCCGACGUCGUCCUACCAGCAGCACCAGACGACUGCAUCCUUCGUCUCACCCCUCGCCGCCAACCUCCACCCCUACCCGUCGUCGUCGUCGUCGUCGUCCUACUUCCAGACCGAUCUGCCGCCGCAAUGGCCUCCGCGGGCAAUGGCGCCGUCGCCCUCCUCCUCCCUGCUGCCCCGCAACUUCACGGUCCACCAAACGCCGGCGUACCCGCACCACCACGAGCAGCAGAUGCACAUGCAGCUGCUGCGCGCGGCGGCGCUGGGCGGCCCGCACGCGGCGCCGGCGCCCCCCAUCGAGCAGCCGGCCAAGGAUGGCUACAACUGGCGCAAGUACGGGCAGAAGCAGCUCAAGGACGCCGAGUCGCCGCGGAGCUACUACAAGUGCACCCGGGACGCCUGCCCCGUCAAGAAGAUCGUGGAGCGCUCCUUCGACGGCUGCAUCAAGGAGAUCACUUACAAGGGCCGGCACACCCACCCGCGCCCCCCCGAGCCCCGGCGCGCCGGAGCGGAGGACGCCGCCGCCCCCAGCAGCGCCGUCGGCGCUCAUCAGGAGGACGAGCUGAGCGACGACGAGGAUGACGGCGAGGAGGGCCACGACAUUGGCAGCGGCGCGGGUGGUCCGGCGGGGCAGAGGGUGGUGAGGAAGCACAAGAUCAUACUGCAGACGCCGAGCGAGGUUGAUCUGCUGGACGACGGCUACCGGUGGCGCAAGUACGGCCAGAAAGUGGUCAAGGGCAACCCCCGUCCGAGGAGCUACUACAAGUGCACCGCCGAGAAUUGCAAUGUGCGCAAGCAGAUCGAGAGGGCCUCCACCGACCCUAGGUGUGUUCUAACGACAUACACCGGGCGGCACAACCACGACCCACCGGGCAGGGGAGCUGGAGCCGCCGCCGCUGCCGGGGCAGGCGGCGGCUCCUCCUCUGAUCCCGUGGCAUCCGCAGUGAACCCGUCCGGCAGCACAUUGCACCAGCCAAGUGGCAUUCAUCAGCUGAAAGAGGAGAGCCGGGAUUAACACAUUUUUAAUGGAUUUCGAGUGUGGUGUUUCCUUCGUGUGAAUAAUAGAGUUGCACUAUUGAUUCUUUUGGGCAGGUUUUUCUGCUGGCUAAUUGUUGUUUAUUGUGAUUAAUUUGACAGCAUUUGUUUUAGAGGAAUUGACAUAUCCUUUUUGGCCGCAUAUGUUGGUGGCUUUUCAUGGCUUAAUUUGUAUUGUAUGAGAUAUACAUUUGUUUGUUACGCCGAGGUUUUGAAUGAAAAAAGAUGGUUAUCCUCACUGUUGCAUACAAACAAUAUGCAAGUUAUUCAAGCGUAUAUCUUUUGUUAGAAUGGUUAAUUUGCGCACAAUGGUUCUAUUCUCGUCCAUUUU